AUGGGUGACGGGUCGCAGGCAAGAGAACGGUGUCAGCUGGUUCAAUGCUUUUCCUGGCCUGCAGUAUUGCGUGCGUCUGCAAUCAAGGUGUCAACGGGGCAGGGGUGGUCGGAUUAUGGUGGUGGUGGUGGUGGUGGUGCAGGAGGGCAGGAUGGUGGUGGUGGUGGAGAGGCGGAGGUGCAGGCGAGGUGUGCGCGGUACGGUAAGGAAGAGACAGGAAAAAGAGAGCAGCAGCUUUUUUCGGGUUGCGGACAGGCGCGUGGGGGGUCAAUGACUGUUUCCGGACAGACGAAGGACGGAGCGGCAGAUGGAGACAAAUGCAGUCGAAUGCAGAGAGACGCAGAUGGCAGUCUAGUACGGAGCAGCGUGCAGAUGCUGUGCAGCGUGAGAAAUUGGCCGAGCGUGUGCUCCUUUGACCCACGGACCGGUGAGUCGACUUUUGUUGCCGCGUUGUAUAUGCAGGUUGUGUGA